CGUGCCCCGGCGCCCCGGCGAUGCCGGACCAGAUCUCCGUGUCGGAAUUCGUGGCCGAGACCCAUGAGGACUACAAGGCGCCCACCACCUCUAGCUUCACCACGCGCACGGCCCAGUGCCGGAACACCGUGGAGGCCAUCGAGGAGGAUGCAGUGACUUAUGAUGAUGUGCAUGUGAACUUCACUGGGGAAGAGUGGAAUUUNCUGGAUCCUUCCCAGAAGAGUCUCUACAAAGAUGUGAUGCUGGAGACCUACUGGAACCUCACUGUUAUAGGCUACACUUGGGAAAACCAUCAUAUUGAAAGACAUUGUCAAAGUUCAAGAAGAAAUGAAAGGUUUAGUCUCCACUGCCAGCUGCCAUGGACAAGCAGAAUAGCAAGCUGUGUCCUGAGGUGCUGCAGGACCUGUGGAAACACAGGGAGUUCACCCAGAGUUGAAAAGCUAAAAGGUCUGGAUAAAGACUUGUAG